AUGAAGGUCCGCCUAACCGACGCUAACUUCCCCCGCACCGCCGACCGGCGUGUCUACCACCUCGGCAUCCGCCCCGGCGAGGUCGCCAACCGCAUCAUCACGCUGGGCUCGCCGUCGCGCGCGCACGGGGUCGCGUCCUACCUCGACCCGAGCCCGACCCCGUUCGUGCUCUCGUCCGAGCGCGGCUUCCUCACCAUCACCGGCCGCUACAAGGCCGUGCCCGUCUCCAUUGUUGCGAUCGGCAUGGGCCACCCGAACGCGGACUUCUUCGUGCGCGAGGUCCGCGAGUGCCUCUCCGGCGACAUGGUCGUCAUCAGGCGCGUCCGAAUCCGAGUCUUCCCUCCCGCGGCGCCCGCUGACAUCGUCCGCAGGCUGGGCUCCUGCGGCGGCCUGCGCGAUUUCCCCGUCGGUACCAUCGUUGCGCCCAAGGGCAGCAUCGCGGUGUCACGCAACUAUGACUUCGACUUCGUGGCCGGCGGCGUGACAGACGGUGCGGCGCCGUACCGCCUGAGCAAGCCAGUCCUGGCCGACCCUGCGCUGCAUGAUGCGGUCGUAAGCGCGCUGCAUGAGACGAAGCCGGCGGAGAUCACGACCCCGAUCGUGUCCGACACCCUGAACGCGUCUGCCGACAGCUUCUACUCGUCGCAAGGCCGCCAGACGUCCUUCCCUGACCACAACGAGGCCCUGAUCGCGCAGAUCACGGGCACGCACGACGACGUCGCGACGCUCGAGAUGGAGACCUUCCACAUCCUCCACCUCGCCAAGUGCUGGGUCCCCGACCCCGAACCCGCGCCCGUGUCUGCGCCCGCGCCGCCGCACCACGCCGCCACCGCGCCGUCGAUCCCGCCGCCCGCGCCGCCCGCGACGCAGACCGCCGUCCCCUCCCCAUCGUCGCCCGUCGUUAUCGCGGGCGGGAGCGAGGAGAAGCGGCCGCGCAUCCGCGCGGCGUCGGCGCAGAUGGUGUUCGCGUCGCGGACGUCGCGGGACUUCAUCACGCCCGAGGAUGUCGCCGCGCGCGAGGCGUGGACGGGGCGUGCGAUGCUCGAGGCGCUGGUCAGGCUCGAGCUCGAUCCUGAGAUGCUGCACGAGGAGAGCGGGAGCGUGUGGGAGGUCAAGGGCGUGGACGCCGUCGCGCGCUGA